ACAUACACAGGUUCAACCAGCCAAUGCUAUCCAAACACCAACAAAAUCUUCAGAGGAAAGGGCCAUGUGAUGCAGACCGGUUAGGUGAUCCUUAACUUUCCAGUGUUUAAGACGCUCUCAACAAUGACAGGUUGUCACUCUUACUAGUAGCCUUUCAGUUCCUUGCUUUGCCUCUACUCCUAAACCUUCUUUAAUUCUUUCCCUCGUUUCUGUACUCUCCUGAUGAAAUCCUCUCUGAAAACCGAGCAGUUGCAGGAGAGGAGUCUUCUUCUUCACUGAGGCAAGUUCUUGGCCGGAGACAAGAAUGCCACCAGUGAAUAGCGACGGAGCAGGACCAAGCUCCGGCGAGGAUGGCUCUGCAGCCGCCGUGAAGAAGCGCAACAGGCCUAAGUACCAUCGGUUUACGCAGCAAGAACUUCAAGCAUGCAAGCCUAUACUGAUACCCCAGACUGUUAUUCUUGUACUAGUGUUUGUGGGCCUAAUUUUCAUUCCAAUUGGUCUUGCUUGCAUUGCAGCCUCAAAUAAGGUCGUUGAAUUGGUUGAUCGUUACGAUACAAAAUGCGUGCCACGGAACAUGCUUCGCAACAAAGUUGCUUUUAUCCAAAACUCAUCAAUAGAUAAGACUUGCACAAGAGUCUUCAAGGUCCCUAAAGAUAUGAAGAAGCCGAUUUACAUAUAUUAUCAACUUGACAAGUUCUACCAGAACCACAGAAGGUAUGUGAAGAGCCUCAACGAUAUGCAGCUGAGAAAUCCGAAGAAGGUGGCCGACACGCAAUACUGCAGCCCUGAAGCUACUGCGAAUGGCAGACCUAUUGUUCCUUGUGGUCUCAUAGCUUGGAGCCUGUUCAACGACACAUACAGCUUCACUCGUGGUCAUGGCAACGAGACAUUGAGAGUGAACAAGGAUGGCAUUUCGUGGAAGAGUGAAAGGAAUCGCAGAUUUGGCAAGAACGUGUAUCCUAAAAACUUUCAGAAUGGGACUUUGAUUGGUGGAGGGCAGUUAAAUCCAAGCAAACCUCUGAGUGAGCAGGAAGAUCUGAUCGUCUGGAUGAGAAUAGCAGCACUGCCAACAUUCAGAAAGCUGUACGGGAGAAUCGACAUGGAUCUGCAGGCCGGUGACCGUGUAGAGGUGACGAUGCAGAACAACUACAACUCGUACAGCUUCAACGGCAAGAAGUCGCUGGUGCUGUCCACCGCCGGGUGGCUCGGAGGGAAGAACGCCUUCCUCGGCCGCGCCUACGCCAUCGUCGGCUUGGCCUGCUUCCUGCUGGCACUGCUGCUCGCAUUGCUCUACUUCGUCUUCCCCAUGAGAGAGGAGCAUCUGUCGCUGCACUACACUCCUGCUCGACUUGUACGAUGAUUGAGCAGUUGGGCAUGGAAUGUUAUGGAUCUUUUUGGACCAUGGAUUUUGGGAAUCAUUUCUUAGUUGUUCUGUAUAUAUACGAUAAAUGUUAGACAGGCUAUACUACUACUAUGUGUACAUAUGUGUUAUCUGUAAGGCUGUAAUUGAACUUGCUUGUGAUGUACUAGUUCAAACUUCAAACAUGUUCUUUUAGGAAUACAUGAUUCAGACAUGGUUGCUGAAAGAAUUUUUUAA